AUGGCGCGCACUUCCGCCGAAUUUGGGUUUGUUUUUAUGCAAGCCCAAAAGGAGGCACCUCCUAACAUGCAAUGCUUGGAUAAGUUUCUUUUUCAAAGCAUAGUUGCAAAACACAAAACAUAUCAUUCCAAAAAUGGAACCACCACAAAACAUAUCACUCCAAAAAUGUUUGAUAAAGAAUCCGGCUACGAGGUUAAGGAGUGCCAAUUGAGAGUUGUCUAUGUGAACCCUCCUCGGCCGCGAUCUCCCGUUCAAGAAGGAUUUGAUACGGAUUUGAAAACUUCAGUUGAACAUGUUAAACAUGUUGAACAAUCUGAUACACCAUUUGAGGUACAUCCUGAAAAGCUACAAUUUCUUUUUACCAUGCAAGCUCAAGAAGAAACAUCUCCUAACAUGCAAUGCAAAGAUAAAUUUCUAAUUCAGAGCAUAGUUGCAAAGAUGGGAGCAACCACAGAAGAUAUUACUUCAGAAAUGUUUAAUAAAAACUCGGGUUCUAAAAUUGAAGAGUGCAAACUAAGAGUUAUUUUUGUUGAACCUUCUCAACCAUCAUCUCGAAUUCAAGAAGAAUCGGUUGAAUAUUUAUCUUCUCGCUCAGAUCAGGCAGCUGCACUUAUUUUAAAAUUAAUUGAGGAGAGGGAUAGUGCUAUUAAGCAAAAUAAAAGACUGGAGCAAGAACUGGAGUUUUUGAGGAGUAAAGCCAACAAUGACGGUUAUAUAAAGCAGGCAUGUCAAUGA